UUUUUUUUCCAAAACAGACCUUAGAAAUUUCUUGUUAAUAGCUGCUAAGAAACCCCUUUAUGAAUCUCAAAGUUCCGAGAUGAAUGAUCCGUCUUUGAUGAGACCGUUGAAACCCCCCACCCACCCCCCCCAAAAAAAAAACCAGUCCCUUCAAAAAAAGGAAAGAAAGAAUAAUCGGGUCUGGGCAAUCCCGGGUCUUACUUGAGGAUGGACUUUCCAUCGAAGCCAAACAGGUUCCCCCGGCGGUUCCUCAUGUGGAUAUGAAAGUAGUCCCAAGAACAACUUCCCAGCAAAACACUCUUUUCUCUCACUCUCUCUGCAAUUAGAUUAGAGCUAGAAAUAGAAUGCAAGGCGUCUCCUCCGUCUUUCCUUGCCGUGCGCCACCGCCACCACAACCCCUCUCCCUUCAUCACUUCCCCUGCAAAACCCAUAUCCCCAAUCUUCUUUUCCCCGCCACCGCCACCACCAUCAGACCCUCUCUUCUAUCAGCCCCAAGAAAGUUGCUCUGCAGACCCCCACGCGGCAAGUAUCUCAGAGACAACUAUAUCGUGAAGAAGGUAUCUGCUAAGGAAGUUCAAGAAUUGGUAAAGGGGGAGAGAAAAGUACCGCUUGUUAUUGAUUUCUAUGCACAAUGGUGUGGCCCUUGUAUUUUGAUGGCCCAAGUAAUUGAAAUGCUUGCUGUUGAGUAUGAGAACAUUGCAAUGGUUGUGAAGGUCGACACUGAUGAUGAAUAUGAGUUUGCACAUGACAUGCAGAUUCGGGGAUUGCCAACAGUGUAUUUCGUCAGCCCUGAUCCGAAUAAAGAUGCGGUUCGAACCGAAGGACUCAUCCCAAUACACAUGAUGCGUGAUAUACUUGAUAAUGAGAUGUAAAGGAGGAGCUAAGUUCGCUCAAUUUGUGGAUGAGUUAUAGAUGGCCAAGGUUAAGGGCAUUCCAGAAGCCAUUAUUGUAGGUUUGUUGUAGGAUGUGUGCUAUUGUAGUCAAAUUUUGUAUCCCCUAUUAUCUGUAGUUAGGGUUUUAGAGAUGUUUAGCACCUCCAUCCAACGUAUAUCUGAAUUUAGAUCAACCCGACGCGACUUUCAUUCAAAUUGUAAGUUUAUUUGAGAUAUUUAUUUACGUUGUUGAUUAAA